AUGGCUUCUCUUCAACAAAAGAUCUUGAAUAUGGUCCAGCGUUUCCGAAAAGAAUGGCGCUUAUUUUCAGAUUCUGAAAGGACUGUGGUGUGUGGGGCAGACAGCAUGCUGAUGGCUCUGCAGUUAUCUAUUGCUGUGGUCAAUAAACAGCAUUAUGGAGAUUUUAAAGCAUCACUAAGCGAAGUGCUAUUAGCCUGGAAUCGCCUAUUGCCUGAUAAAUUGGGCCUGCUGCAUGAAAAUGUGGAUGCUCCUGAAAAUUACAACAACAUCAGAAGUACCUAUUCUAGUUUUUUGAAGCGCUGCAAUAUGAUGGAUCUUAUAGAUGUUUAUCAGAAAUGUGGGUCACCAGAACCAGGGAAUGAAUCUAUAUCCCCUGUGCAGUUGUUAGAAUUUAUCAGUGGAAAAGUGGAUUCAGCGAGUGAUGGUACUUCCAUGCUUUCUACACCUUCCAGGCCAACUAGCACAUUAAGCCAGGAUAAUAAAGAGCUGUCUUCAGUGGUGAAGAAAAUUCUGUUUGCAUAUCUAAGCUUGCUGGUGAACUCCAAGAAUGAUCUUGCCUUUGCUCGUAUUUUCAACACUCCUGACAGAGGGCUUGGAAGAGAAGCUUUUACCGACUUAAAACAUGCUGCACAGAAGAGACAAAUGUCCAUUUUCCCAAUGGCAACCUCUUUCAUCCGAACCAUUGAACUUGGAGGUAAAGGUUAUGCCCCUUCCCCAGACGAUCGUUUGCGAAUGCACAUGAAGGGCCUCUCGCACUUGGUUCACUUUUUUGAUAAACUGGAAGAAAUCAUUGGUGAGGUCCUGGAUCCAAGACUUGCAGGGGGCCAAAUUCUAUCAACAAUCAAGUCGCAUUUGAUAAAAGGCCAAAACAGCAGGGAUCCCUUCUGUCGAGCAGUGGAGGAAGUUGUCCACGAUUCGGAUUUGAGGAUUAAAAAUAUUAUCAAUUUUCAGCAUGAUGUUGUGGCAGCUAGCUCCACUGGAGUCAGCCCAGCCCGGCCCAAACUACAUGCUAUAAACCAUGACACUGUUUACUGUGGCAGAGAUACUGUGAAGUUUUUCCAGAUUUUUUUGGAUGAAGCAGCUACCUACCUUCCUCCCACCAACAAAGCUGAAUUAUUAUUUGAUGAUGAAUUUGGGUCCCCCUCUACUCUGAUGCUGUACAAAUCUCCAGCACAACCCAGCGGAUCUUCUCCAAAAGCUUUAAGAGAACGGAUUCAAAGAGCAGUAGAUAGAAGAAAACUUAAGUUGAAACAACCUUUAAUUCGGUCUCAAUUUGCUUGCACCUACAAAGAUGACCAAAUAUUUGAAAAGAAGGAUCAUUCCUUCAGUACUAGUCAAAUCCCAACAUGUGUACAUCCAGCACCCAAAGAAAGGACAGCUCUGUGCCCUCGAGAUGAAUCAAGUGCAGAAUGCCUUCGUUCCCAUCUUGCAAGUGCUGCGCUUGGAACUAGUUCUGGAAAUGUUCAUCAGAAUGGAAGCAUAAGUAAAGAAAUAGGAAAAUCCACUUGUCAGCCAAGAAACGAGAGCUCAAAGAGGAAGCAGGUGGAUAGGACUAGUGAAAAUGUCAUAUGCACUAAUGAAAAUGAAUCACUUCAACACAUACAUAGAAAGAGACCAAAGGCUGUGGAGAAAUGCCAGAAUAGUUUGGACAGCAAAAUAAAAGGAGCAGGAAAAUGUAACAAAAUUGCCGCAAAAAACAAACUGAUUGACGGUCAAGCAAAGCUAACUCAUUUCUUUAAAUUGUGAAUGUUGUCCUUGUGUGUUACUUAUGGGAACCAUUAAUGGCCCUGAAAUCUUGGGAGAGAAGCAAGCAUCAGCUGGAUGAUCAUCUUGUUUUUGUUAUGAUUACAAACUACUGAGCAAGGUUAAUGUAGGGACAGUAUUUAGACAACCAGAUCAAUGCUUUUUGCAGAAUUAUCAGUUUUAAUAAUGCAAUAUAAUCAGUACAGUUAUUUGAUCAUGUGUUAUUGUUCUGACAUAGAAAUACUUAGGCACCUCGUACACCGCAAAAUACACAUACACAGUAAACAUUUAAACUACAGUGUCAUUUAAUUUUGAUGAAAAUGGUUCUCUUUGUUCCAAACGUCAUCCUGCAGUUGUGCUUCAGACUUGCCAGCAUGGUCGAUAGACUCUUCCCAGCAUACACCUGAGCACUGCACAAAACACCCCCAGUUUUGGUUUGUCAGUAAAACAGUUAGCUGGCCUAUAAUGUUUGUGAUAAACUGGAGUUUGAAUGCACUUUCAUCACUAAUGGAGUGUUGUAUAUUUCACUGACUUUCCCCCCUCUGCUUCAGGUAUUUGGAUAUGUUUAUCUAAUAAAUGUUUAUUUAGAAACA